GGGGGGGGGGGGACUUGUGGCUUCCUGGCGAGGUUGGCAUUUGCGCGGGUGUAAACGGGACCCAGAGAACAGGCCGAAGCAAGUGCCAGUCCAACCGCGAAAUCCAGGCAAAAGAUGGAAACUGUAAGCCGGCAGGAAACAUGGAUUCCUCAAGUCAUUGACGGUAUUGCUAUUAUCAUCCCCCAUCUUCAUUGGCAUUACCAGCAUCGGCGUGAGAUCUCGACCCAAAUGGCCCCUCAGCCCCAUCCCGGUCGGGAAGUUUCGCUCAAAGACAAGAAUUGCGCCUUCAUGCGACACCGGUGAGCCAGGUAAAUUGGCUCGAUCCGAUGCCCUGAUCGAGAGG